AUGCACGCGCUCGCCUCGUCCGUCGCGUCGUCGCACCCCGCGCUCGCGUCCUCGCGCGCGAGGUUUACGAGAUCGAACGCCCGCGCCGCCGCGCGCGUCGUCCGCGUCGUCGCGUCGGACGCGAAAUCAUCAUCGUCUGAUGACGCGAGGACGACUCCCGCGAUCGUCGCGUCCGCGAGGGCGGCGUCCUUCGCCGCCGUCGCCGCGCUCGCGUCGCCCCCCUCCGCGCACGCGAUGGAGGGCAUCAUGUCCGUGUUCAACGGCCAGCCCGGUCUCCUCGGCGCCGCCUGCGUCGCCGUGUGUUGGGGCAUCCCGCAGACGCUCGGGAUGGGCAUCCUCGCGAAGAAGGAAGAGAAGGGACGCGAGAUCCUUCGCGAGUGGGGCGUCGAGGAGGCGGACGUCGAGAAGGGGAACUGGGGGCGGAUUCAGGCGCGGAUCAAGGAGGAGGCGAUCCGGCGCGGGGUCGAGCGGCCGAAGAUUUAA